CUUCCGGCUGAGCCCCAGCGACCGCUUUCGUCGGCUGUGUGGGCUGUUGGGUAGGCUGCGUGCUAGCUUCGGCGCGGAUUCCUGGGCGUCUGUAAGUCGGAGUCCUUCGUCCUCCAGGGUCCCUGUUCUUUGCGCCAGCGGGAACCGCUAUCUCUGCACUCCUGGGGUUUUGUUACAUGGCUGCUUUCCUCAAAAUGAGUGUUACUGUCAAUUUCUUCAGACCUUUCACCAGGUUUUUGGUGCCAUUUACCCUUCAUAGGAAGAGAAAUAACUUACACUCAAUAAUUUUGCAGAGAUACAUGUCUUCCAAAAUACCAGCUGUUACUUAUCCUAAUAAUGAGAGUACACCCCCUUCUGAAGAGCUAGAAUUGGAUAAGUGGAAAACUACCAUGAAAUCUAGUGUGCAAGAAGAAUGUGUUUCAACAAUCUCAAGCAGUAAGGAUGAAGAUCCUCUAGCUGCCACCAGAGAGUUCAUUGAGAUGUGGAGAUUGCUUGGCAGAGAAGUACCAGAACACAUCACUGAAGAAGAGCUCAAAACCAGUAUGGAAUGUGUUUCUAACACAGCAAAAAAAAAAUAUUUAAAAUAUUUAUAUGUGAAGGAAAAAUUGAAAAAAGCUAAGCAAAUAAAAAAGGAAAAGAAAGCAGCAGCAAGGGAAGAAGCAAAAAAUAUCCAGCUGCUAGAAACCACUGAGGAAGAUAAACAAAAAAACUUUCUGUUUUUACGACUUUGGGAUAGGAGUAUGGACAUAGCAAUGGGCUGGAAGGGUGCCCAAGCCAUGCAGUUUGGACAACCUUUGGUUUUUGACAUGGCUUACGAAAAUUAUAUGAAACGAAAAGAAUUGCAGAAUACUGUUUCCCAGCUUUUAGAAAGUGAAGGAUGCAACAGAAAAAAUGUUGAUCCCUUCCAUAUUUAUUUCUGCAAUCUAAAAAUAGAUGGUGCUUUUCACAGAGAGUUAGUUAAACGGUAUCAAGAAAAAUGGGACAAAUUGCUUUUAACAUCAACAGAAAAGUCUCAUGUAGAUUUAUUUCCAAAGGACAGUAUUAUCUAUUUAACUGCAGAUUCUCCCAAUGUUAUGAGUACUUUCAGGCAUGACAAAGUUUAUGUAAUUGGGUCUUUUGUUGAUAAGCAUAUGCAGCCAGGCACAUCCCUAGCCAAGGCAAAACGGCUGAACCUGGCAACUGAACGCCUUCCAUUAGAUAAAUAUUUACAAUGGGAAGUUGGUAACAAAAAUCUCACCUUAGAUCAAAUGAUACGUAUUUUGUUAUGUCUGAAAAACAAUGGUAAUUGGGAAAAGGCUCUGCAAUUCGUUCCCAAGAGAAAACAUACUGGUUUUCUGGAGAUUUCUCAGCAUUCUCAAGAGUUUAUCAACAGACUGAAGAAGGCAAAGACUUUUAAUUCAUUUUCAAAAGGUUCUCUGAAUGUGCACAGAACACGUGGCUCAAAUGAGAACAUUUGAUGGCUUAAAAAGUAAAUGCGUUGGAAAUACAGUUCUGUUAAUGUAUUUCUUCCCAAACAAUUCAUUUUUCUCUUCUAAAGGUAGUCUUUCCCAACUGACUGCAGGGUUGUGUCUUUUCUCAAUUAGAUAUCUGCAGAACUUUAGGAUUAUACUUUGUUUACUGCAAAAAGAUAAUAAAAAGAGUUGUCCAA